AUGUCAGAGUCGUUCUAUACAUCCCCCCCAGCUGGAACAGCGCCUCCUGGCGCGCCAAUUUCGCCGCCACCUCCGACGUCACCAACAAGCGCAGUUGGUGCACCACCUCCGCCUCCGCCAAAACCGAUAUCUCAUCUCUCUCAAAGUGCUGACCCCAGCCGGUCUGGGACACCAACUGUUCCCUCUGCCCCAGCAGUACCCAGCAAAGUAGACUCUCCCCGCCCACCUCCACCACUCCGAGCAGAGCAGCACGCGACAAGCUCUCCCGUGCCUGGGCUUCGGCCGAUACCACCCCAAGAUCCCUACCAACCCAUCCCUCCACCGUCCAUUUCCGAACGAUGGCUUCCAUCGAACGUCUCUAACAAGCCUCUCAAUGAACUCCAACCGCUGCUCGGUAACCCCUCCUUGGUCGCCAGCCUAGCCUCGCAGCACCCCUCUUACGCCUCCUCGCUGAUUCCUCUCGAAAGAGCCAUCCAACAAAACGUUCAGCUCGCUCAGCAAGUUGCUCAACUUGAGAGUCAAAUUCGUGCCCUCCGCGACGACACUGCUCAACUGCUUCUGAACCAUACGAGCCUGCACACGCAGUGGCGCAGGAAGCAGACUGAGAUGGACGAUGCCCUGGCGCCUUGGGGCCCGAGACAGAUGUAUCAGCGGCUAGCCUCGAGUAUAAAUGAGCAAGAAGCGCUCUUGAAAGCUAUGCAAGAGAGUUUCCUUGAGGGUGGAACUGAUAGCGAUGCUUAUUACGGUGGCCCCAACAAUGGCAAGGCAAGCGAGAAGGAAGUUAGUGAGUGGGUAAGGAGGAUAAGAGAAGGUGCAACGGUCUUGGAAAAGAGAAGAGAGAUGCGAGCACGGUGGGAUGAAGGAAGAGUGGGCGGCUGGAGGUGA